CAAAAAUGUUGCGUGUUGUGCAAAAAAUAUCAAAGUAUGCAACAGGUUGGACGCCACUGAUACUCAGAAACGCCAGCAAUGCAUCUACCGAUUUGGUCCUUGUCAAGGAGAAGCAGGGAGUGCGGGAGAUAACUCUAAAUCACCCAAAAACCCUGAAUUCCCUUUCGCUUGAGAUGAUGACUGCCCUUCAGGAUGCUCUUAUCAAAGAUAAAGACAACGUGGACCUAAGAUGUGUGGUCCUAACGGCCCAAGGAAAAAUCUGGUCAGCAGGUCAUAACCUCAAGGAGCUUCACAAUGACCCAAAGAUACAGGCAUGUGUAUUCCAGAAGCUUACUGAUGUAAUUAACGAUAUCCAAAAACUACCGGUGCCUGUGAUAGGAAAAGUUAAUGGUUAUGCGGCCGCUGCGGGUUGUCAACUCGUGGUUUCAUGUGAUAUGGUAGUCUGCUCCAAGAACAGCAAGUUUUCCACUCCAGGAGCUGGAGUAGGUGUCUUCUGCUCGACUCCCGGUGUGGCCGUUGCCCGAAUUGUGUCGCGUCCAAAGUCCGCCUAUAUGCUAAUGACUGGUCUUCCAAUCACGGGCGAAGAAGCCUAUAUAUCAGGAAUGGUCACCAAAGCAGUUUCAGCAGAGGAACUGGAUAAGGAAAUCCAGGAAAUUAUCACCGCUAUUAAGGCCAAAAGUCGGGCGGUUAUCUCCCUUGGCAAGGAGUUCUUCUACAAGCAACUAGCCAUGUCCCAAGCAGAAGCCUUUUCUGCUGCUCAGGAUAAGAUGUGCGAGAACUUCCAGCUAGGCGAUACCAAAGAGGGUAUUGCUAGCUUCUUUGAAAAACGCCCACCUAUUUGGAAGCACAAUUAAUCGGAGCUAACGAUAUGGAACUACAUACGAAAAAAAAGCCGAACGUGCAUUUAUACUUUUAAGCCUCAUGUCCAGUGCGACACAAAAGUUUGUUAAUAAAUCUUUUUAAAAAGUUGGUAGUACUUUACUAAAUCAA